AUGGGCACUAAGGUGCAUCUGAGUACAGCUUAUCAUCCGCAGACAGAUGGUCAGUCAGAGAGGACUAUUCAGACUUUGGAGGAUUUGCUGAGGAUGUGUGUGUUGGAUUGGGGUGGCCAUUGGGCAGAUCACCUGAGCUUAGUUGAGUUUGCAUACAACAACAGCUUUCAGGCGAGUAUUGGCAUGGCUCCAUUUGAGGCUUUGUAUGGGAGGCCAUGUAGGACACCCCUAUGCUGGACCCAAGUGGGGGAGCGCAGCAUGUAUGGAGCUACUUAUGUUCAGGAGACGACAGAGAAGGUUCGUGUUGUGAGGCUGAACAUGAAGGAGGCUCAGGAUAGGCAGAAGAGUUAUGCAGAUAGACGCAGACGAGAGCUUGAGUUUCAGGUUGGAGAUAGAGUUUAUCUCAAGAUGGCUAUGUUGAGGGGUCCUAACAGAUCCAUAGCAGAGAACAAGCUGAGUCCGCGUUUUAUGGGUCCGUUUCCAGUAGUGGAGCGAGUUGGGCCAUUGGCUUACAGGCUGGAGUUGCCUGAGAUUAUGAAAGCCUUUCACAAGGUUUUUCAUGUGUCGAUGCUGAGGAAGUGUCUUCAUCCUACAGAGGAGUUAGUGGCUAGGAUUCCAGAGGAUCUUCAGCCAGAUUUGACAGUGCCGGCAGUGCCUGUGAGGAUUUUAGAGAGGAGGGAAAAGGUUCUGAGGAACAAGAGGAUUCCCUUACUGAGGAUUUUGUGGGAUUGCAGUGGUUCUACAGAGGAGACUUGGGAGCCAGAGGCAAAGAUGAAGUUGAAGUUCAGGAAGUGGUUCGACAAGCAGGUCGAGGAGUGA